CUUUUUAUAAUGCAGUGAUUUUUAUUAUGUCUGAAGAGUGGAUAGCCUUGCCAAAAAAUGAUUAGAUUCCGUUUUUUUUAAUUGAUUAAACCACCGGUCACUUUUGACGGUUUACACGACUUUAAAGAAUGCGCCCCGCUCCACCUGUAGGGGGCAGUGAUGCGCCAUGCCGCGUUGAGUCUGCAGGAAAACUCCCAAAAGUGUAUACUCGAGUUACUUUAACCUGUGUCGGCUGAGGACCACUUCCACUACCAUGGGACGUAAAAAGCAUGGCCAAAGCGAAAGGGCAGUAAACAAGGGCAAAGACAAGCGGCACAGAAAUAAAGGAAAGUCUCUGGAGACUUUUACCGAAGAGAUGCAUGAGGCUCUGCAAGCCAGUGAAGAUGCAGUGUCCGAGGAUGCUGUACAUGUUAAGUUGCCCUGCCCUUUGGCGAUGUGGGAAUUGGGUCACUGUGACCCUAAACGCUGUACGGGACGUAAACUGGUGCGAAAGGGCUUUGUGCGCUGCCUUCGACUCAACCAGCGCUUCAGUGGCCUCAUCCUCAGCCCAAUGGGCACUAGAUAUGUUACACCUGCAGACAAGGAGAUCGUGGCUCAGAGUGGAGUUGCAGUGAUUGAUUGUUCAUGGGCGAGACUUGAGGACACGCCCUUCAGUAAGAUGACUGGCUCCCACCCACGACUCCUACCAUACCUAUUGGCAGCCAAUCCUGUGAAUUAUGGCAAACCCUGUAAGCUGAGCUGUGUAGAGGCCUACGCUGCCACCUUCUGCAUCGUAGGUUUUCAGGACCUAGCAGUGCUCCUGUUGAGGAAGUUCAAGUGGGGAAAGGGAUUUCUUGAGUUGAAUAAAACACUUCUAGAGCGCUAUGCUGCCAGCAAAUCAGAAGAGGAGCUGCUCGCAGUGGAGAAAGAGUACCUCACCUCUGCUUCCCCAGAGGAAGAGAUAGAUCCUUUUGAUGUAGACUCUGGAAGAGAGUAUAUGAACCUCAACAGGCCUCUGAGGGUGGAAGAGGACGACACUGAAAGUGACGAGGAAGAGACGUCAGAAGAGGAAGAAGAGGAAGAAGAUGAAGAUGAGAGAAAAGAGAAGAAGGAGAAAGUGGAGAAAGUAGAAGACGACUGAAGCAAAGAGGAGGCGACCUAAGACAAUCAAGUACAUGAAUAAAGGGCAGAUAAUGGACCGAACAGUGGAUACUAAAGAAAGGAGAAACCCAUUGUGUUUCGUUUUUUUUUUUUUUUAUCAUCACGCUGUGCUCAGUAAUCCAGCCCAGGGUUUUUGCUUGUAAAAGAACUUGGUAGUGAAUAGAUCCCAAAUUUGUGCACAUGUUUGCUCUGGAACAGAACUGUUGCUCAGAAUGGCUCUGUGAUUCAGCUGUGUUAAACCAAUAGGGUAAAGAAGGAACUUUUAUGGGGGUGUAUUAUGGUCUAGCAGUUGACCUGUGUGUGUCAGAACAUUUUUAUAAAUAUAAUCAUAAUUUAUUGGAAUUUCAAUAAUGCUAAGAGCUUGUAAUUUGGGUGAUUAUACCAUUUGUAAAUCUAUUGUAUUAUAAUCUAAUCAUAUUUACUCAUUAAUAAACACAAUUGUAUUUUGAAAGGAAAUAGUUAAAGAUUUCUUUGGGAUUAAAAGUCAGAAAUAAUUAGAUUGGAUAUAUUUUUGGCUUGUCUAUUGAAGAACUCUGCUGCAAGCUCAGUCCUGAACCUUGUAAGUGUCCUUUGUAACACAGUGUAUGGUGCUAGUUUUGUUAUAAAAGGAUAGUUGCCCUUUUAAAGAAAUAAACAAGUAUUCUGAUGGGAAA